AUGGAUUUCUCCUUCAAUUACUUGUCGGGUCCAAUCCCGACUAGUGAUUCAUUCAGGAAAGCACCAGGAGAAGCUUUUAUGGAGAACUCUGGUCUGUGUGGAAAUGCAAACGGGUUAUCUCCUUGUGAUGUGGUUGUCUCUUCGACUUCCAAGUCACAGAAUAAUGAUCAAAAAAUCCUUAUAGCUGUAAUUGUUCCUGUUGUCAGCCUCAUAAUUUUGGCAAUCGCUAUUGUUGGAUUUGCUGGUUCUUAUGGAUACAUGGCACCUGAGCUAGCACUUACAAUGAAGGUUACAGAGAAAUGUGAUGUUUACAGCUUCGGAGUGGUGGCAUUGGAAAUAAUGAUGGGACGGCACCCGGGAGAGUUCAUAUCUUCUUUAUCAUCCUCAACAACAACAGCAGCAUUGCAAAGUAAUUCCGAUUUGUUUUUGAAAGAUUUGCUCGACCAACGGCUUUCACCUCCAACUGGCCAAAUAGCAGACGGAGUGGUGUUAGUAGUAACCGUUGCAUUAGCAUGCACACGGGCCUCACCAGAGUCGCGGCCUAAUAUGCGUUUUGUUGCACAAGAAUUCUCAGCUAAGACUCAGGCUUACUUUCCAGAGCCACUGGGAGCAAUAACAAUUGGGAAACUAACAAGUUUCCAGAAAUAG